AUGAAUUUAAAAACACAGUUGAUAGAUAAUAACUGUAUUGAAAGUUUACCAAUGUACAGAUUGAGUCAAGACCAUUUAGAAAUUUUUUUCGGAUCUAUAAGAUCUCUUGGUGGUUGUAACAACAACACGACUGCUAGACAAUUUAAAAGUGCAUUUAAAAAAAUUUUAAUAAGGUCUGAAGUUCGUGACAGUGCUUUGGGAAAUUGUAUUCCUGUUGAGAAUAUCAUGAUUUUAAAUUGUGUUUCUACUUCUAAGAAGAAUCCCAUAGAUAUAAUAAAUGAUACAACAUUUAAUGGAAUAUAUGAUGAACAUUUAAAACCUGAAACUAAUGAUGAUAUUAAUAUUUUAGAUCAUGAUUAUUUAUAUACAAAUAACCACUUUAAUUUCAAUCAAUUUGUUAAUGAGUGUGUUAUUUAUAUUUCUGGGUUUGUUGUAAAAAAAUUACUCAUACAAAUAAAGUGUGAAAUGUGUGCUACUGCACUGGUUGGAUCUAAACAAUGUCAUUUAAACUCUCUAAUAGCUCUUAAAGAUCGUGGAGAAAAAUUAUAUUACCCUUCUGAUGAUGUUAUUAUUAUAUGUUUAAAAACAGAAAAUAUAAUGAAACAAUUUCCAGAUCAUAGUAAACUUCAAAUAUUUAACAAAACAUUAUCUUCUUUUACAACUAAUACCCCUUUCAAAACUUUAUUAAAUCAUCAAUAUGACAAUGAGCCCUUAUCUAGUCACCUUAUUCUUUUAAUAAAAUCAGUAAUUUCUGUUUAUUGUGAUAUAAAAAUAAAAUAUAAUUGUAAAAAAACAAGUGAAAAUUUAUCUUUAAGGCACUGGUACAAUAAGAUGAUUUUGUUUAAAGGGCAAUAA